GAUAAUCUAAUCUUAACUGAAUAAAUGAACUUUUCUUCUCUAGAAGAAUGCAAAAAAUAUGCUAAAAUCAGUGUGUAAUUUAGAAGGCUUAUCAUUUGGCCCAGUUUUGCAUUCAAUAAUUAGCAUUAAAAGAAAACAGAAGGCGGGAAGUGUUCAAAAUUCGAAUACUAAAACAAAUAAUAUAUUCAUUCGUACAUACAAUUGGACACAUCAAACGGACUUGGCUUGGACAUGGCUAGAAAUGCUAGAAAGUGCUGAAAAUGAAAUACAAACAAUUAGCAAAAUAACAAAAUAAAUGUAUAACAAACAACUACAACAACAACAACCACAACAAUUACAACAAUUACAACAAUAGCAACAACAACAGAGAAUAUAACUCGAGACAGACAUUGGCAGCCGCUGCCGUCUGUUGGUGCAGUUUUUGUGGCUUUUCUGUUUUCGGUUUCUGUGUCGGCUGCGAGGGGUGGCAGGGGAAUUGGCGGGGGGUCGUGGGGAGGUCGGUGAGGUGAGCUGACAACGUCUGCGGGUAUACGAGAACUACAUAUAGCGGCCAUAUAGUUGGGCAAAAAAACAACAACAACAACAAUAACAGCAAAAAAAAGACUCUCGCGGCCCCAAAAUGCAGGCAGCGCCGUUGGCGUUGGCGUCGACGUCAGCGUCGCCGUCGCUGUCGGUGCCGGCAGCGACGUAGCUGCCACUUGCUUGAAAAGAUUUUUAGUUCGAAAAAACAUUUCACACAAAAAUUUUCGGUUUCGGUUUUGGUUUUUGCUUUAGUUGAGAGAAAAUCGUCGCUUAGUUAACGUCGCCCCAAAAGAAAAAAAAAAAACACCUCGAAAAGGCCGCAAUAAAAUCAAUCGAAUCAAUUCACGAAAUCAGCAGCAAGCCCAAACUUGUGCUUUGUGUUAAUGUAAAUAAAUUUAUGUGAAUUUCUGUGCAACGCUUCUGAAGGUUAAACCGAAUAUCGAAAACCCAACAACAACAACAACACAUUUCUAGAGAAAAUCCCUUACGAAACGAAUCUGUCUCGUGUAUAAAAAGUUAACCAACAGUUUCGAAUUGUUCAAGAAACAAUAACAACAACAACAACACGUAAUUUUUUUGGCACUCGCUAAACGGUGGCUAUAAACAAGAACAACAAUAAGAGCAACAACAAUACGAACAACGAGAACAACAGCAGCAAACAUUUUCUGGAUACAAGCUAGAAAAUAUUUAGUUUUGGCCAGAGUACAGAUACAGAUAGAGAUACAUCUUCGGACGGACAGCAGCUGAAAUAAGAUAAAAUAUAUUCAAAAAUUUUAGAAACUUUUCAAGACCGACUACAAAUAAUAAUAACAACAUUUCAAUAAAUUCCGGCUCUGUGCAAUAGGAAAAUGGCCCAACCACAAUUGCUGCAAAUCAAAUUGUCACGUUUCGAUGCCCAACCCUGGGGCUUUCGUCUGCAGGGCGGUGUGGAUUUCGCCCAGCCGCUGUUAGUGCAAAAGGUCAAUGCUGGCAGUCUUUCCGAGCAGGCUGGCCUGCAGCCCGGCGACGCUGUCAUCAAGAUCAACGACGUUGAUGUCUUCAAUUUUCGUCACAAGGAUGCCCAGGAUGUUGUGGUGCGCUCUGGCAAUAACUUUGUCAUUACAGUGCAGCGUGGUGGCUCCACCUGGCGUCCACAUGUGACGCCCACUGGCAAUGUGCCCCAGGCCAACUCACCCUAUUUGCAGACAGUGACGAAAACUUCUCUGGCUCACCAUCAACCGGAUAGCCAGCACAUUGGCUGUGGCUACAACAACUCGGCGCGUCCAUUUGCCAACGGCGGCGGCGAUGGCGGCGUGAAGAGCAUCGUCAAUAAACAAUACAACACCCCGGUUGGCAUUUACAGCGAUGAAUCCAUUGCGGAAACACUUUCCGCCCAGGCGGAGGUUCUAGCUGGCGGUGUGCUUGGCGUUAACUUCAAGAAGAACGAAAAGGAAUACCAAGCCGACCGCUCGGAGGUGCUGAAGUUCCUGCGCGAGGAGGAGACUGGACAGUCGACACCAGAGCCGCAUAGCCCGGCCAAUUUCUACUGGACGCAGAGUCAUGCAAUUGGUGGCAAUGAGCGACGCACGCCGCUGCCCCACAGCCAGUUCCAGUCGCAGUCGCAGUCGCAGUCGCAAUCGCAGUCGCACUCACAGGACGAACGCAUCGGCACCAAUUUGCAGCAAAAUACGUUGGCGCCUUUGGCCACUCACAGGCCCAGUCUGCCGGUUGCAAAGCCUCAACAGGAGCAGGUGCAGGUGCAGGUGCAGCAGGAGACCGAGCAGCAACCUGAUCCGCGCAACAUUGUUAUGCCCAUAUGCCCGGCGCUGCAGGGACCCGGCUACAAGGCGGAAAUGGAUGCGGCAUUGCCCACUGAUGGCAACGAUGGUGUGCGUACAUUGUCUGCCAGCGGACAUCCGGCAUGUCAAUUGUGCGGCGUGGGCAUUGUUGGCGUCUUUGUGCGCAUCAAGGAUAAGAACCUGCACGUGGAGUGCUUCAAGUGCGCCACUUGUGGUACAUCCCUGAAGAACCAGGGCUACUACAACUUCAACAACAAGCUGUACUGCGACGUCCACGCUAAGCAGGCUGCCCAACAGCAUCCGCCAGCUGGCACCGAAGGCUAUGUGCCCGUGCCAAUUAAGCCCAACACCAAGUUGAGUGCCAACACCAUCUCAUCGGCCUUGAACUCUCAUGGCUAUGGCAGCAAUGGCUACUCCAAUGGCAGCUCCACGCCCACUCCGGCACCGUCCGAGCCAAUGCCAAUGCCAAUGCCAGUUCCAGUGCCUGAGCCCGAUCUGGCAACAGAGCUGCCUCUGCCACCGCCGCCAUCACCCACACAGCUGCUGCAAUACGAGGCCGAGGAGCUGCUGCUGUUGCCCCAAAACCAGACACAAACCUCAACCUCAACCUCAGUCCCACAGCAACAGCAGCAACAACAACAGCAACUGCAACUGCAACAGGCGAGCAGUAAACAUACACGCACAAACAGCAGCCUCUCAUCAAUUUCGAGCGGUUCGUCGUCGUCGGGUGUGGGAGGCAGCGCUGCAUUGAGUCCAAGCCUGGUGGCAUCCAGUGCAUCCACAUUAUCCCUGGACAUGGAACACUCGCCGAUGCACUCACGGCAAGCCUCUGGCUCCUGCACAUCGUUGGAUGUGGGCGUUGUGUCGAGUCAGGUUGAUAAUUACACAAUGCUGGCAGCUUCAUUCCCGCCACCACCACCACCACCGCCACCACCAUCAUCGUCAUCAGCAACAACAACAGCAGCAACACAGUCGAGAUCCACACAAAAUGAGAAUGACAUGAACACGCAGAAUAAGAACCAUAAUGCGUAUAAUCAACUGCUGAAGCAGUAUUCCAAUAAGCUUCAACACCCGACCCACCACCACAGCAACAACAACAACAACAACAACACAAACACCACCAUCACAACAACAACAACAGCUAACAGACACAACAAUACUGCCAAGCCAUUUGCAACAACAGCAAGCGCUGUGCAACAGCAGCCACAUGUGGCAGCGUUGACGGCAACACUUGCUAAUCAAUUGAAAUUUAAUUCACAUCAGGCACAAACAACAACACCAUCAGCAAUAGUAACAACAGCAACAGCAACUGCAGUUGAUAACAUUAAGCAAGUUCAGGCACAGUCUGAAAUAAUGUCAGCCAACGUGGCGGAUGAGCAAUCAUCAGCCAUUUACGGUCAAAUUAACAUCAACAACAGCAGCUACAACAACAACAACGUCGGCGACAACGUUGCGUGCACAGUUCCGUCCAUGCAGACAUCAGCGAAUGUUUCCUCCUCGGCGGAUCAACCCUUCGAGUAUGUCACCUUGACCGGAAAUGUGAUACGUAGCGUGCAGCCGCCUGGUAAGGGUGUCGGCGCCAGCUAUCGGGUCAACCAGGGCUACGCACGUCCCUACGGCGCCUCUCAGCCGCCAGCGGCAGCGCCCAAGUCACCGGUGCCGGUCUCGUAUCCGCCACAACAGCAGCAGCAAUCGCCAAGACCUGCUGGCAAUGCCUAUGCCACAUUGCCACGUUCCAAUGUUGGCCAACAAGGUCGUAAUGUGCAGAGGUACAAUAGCUUCAACAUAAAACAACAACAGCAACAACACCACCACCAACAACAACAACAACAACAAUACCAACAACAGCAGCAGCAACAAAAGCAACAAUAUAGAAACUCAUACCCAAUUGGAUCGAGCAAUAAAUAUGCAACCCUGCCUGCUAACUUUAACCCUCAGUCUCAGUCCUACAAUGACAACAACAACAACUAUAACCGAGAACCCAACAACAAAAAAAAAAAAAAAAAAAAAACAAUCAACACACAAAACGCGCAUUACACCUCUCCAGAAUUGGAGGAGGAAGGCUUGCAGCCGCAGUAUGAGGAGGAAUGCUUCGAGGUGGACGUUGAGGUUGCCUUGGCAGCAAGUCGUCGAUCCCAUGGCACGAGUUUCACGUGGCCACCUCCACAGGACGACAGUCAUGCGGCUCCAACAGCGGCACCACUGUAUAUAGCACCGCCUGAGACUCAGCAUGUGGUGGUGGCAAAUCCCGUUCAAGAGGCGCCUCCGCUGCCCCCGGGCAGUGCCACCUCGCGACUCGAUCCACAGCCGGCUCCGCAGCAGCAGCAUGAGCCGCUGUCCACUCAGCAGACAGCUGCCCAAUGGCAGAGCUAUUCAGCACCACAGUUGAGCAACGAACGGACGCAGCAGUUGCAGAUUCAGGAGCAGGAAUCAAGCUCGGAUAGCUACACCUCGACAUCGACGACGACAACAACCACAUCGGAGGAGUAUCAGCGCAUGUAUGCGGCACAGUUGCAAGCUUAUCAGAUGCAGCAGGCUUAUGAGCAAUCCGGCUCCGAGUUGGACUACCAAGUGGAUUAUGGCAGUGCCCAGGAUGUGCAGGAGUAUGCAUCGGGCAGGCGGAGUGCACAGGAGUGUGUAGACUCGCUCUCAGCACCACUGAGCACCUAUAAACUCAUCGAUAUGGUAAGGGAGGUGACACCCAGUCCGGUACCAGCCUCAACACCUGCUCCACCGCCUCCUGCACGCCAUGUGGCAUUCAACGAUGAGCCCGAGAUCAAGGAACUGCCGCAGUUGCACACUGAGCUCGAGACGAUACCUGAGUCGGCCGCUGAGGCUGAGCAGGCACCGACUGCAGCUGCAGAUGUGACAGAAUGGGCAGAAGAUCGCGCUGAUGAUCACGAGGGGCUCAUCAUUGAGCAGCGUUGCCAGAUCCUCGAAAGCGAACGCAUGUUUCAGGCUACGCCCGAGAUAAAGUUUGAGAUUGCGCCAGUGCGUCAGCGUCCAGCGCCCUCCAAGAUACCCAAUCCCAGUCCCAAGGAAUGGAUUAAUCCCAUGAUUCGUGUGCUGACCACAGCUCCGGAUGUGCCCUUCCAUUUGGUCGAGUGCCCGUUCCCCAGGCCCUGUGAUGAUGACUUUGAAGCGGCAGCAGCUGCCGCUGAGGAAGCUGCAGCCACAGCCACUGCCACUGCUCCUCCAGCUCCUGCAGCUCCUCCCGUAGUAGCCGCUCCUCCUCCAGUUGCUCCUGUAGACACCUAUGCCUCUGAGCUCCUACGUGAGUCUCCGCCACUUGGCAGUCGUCUUUCGAAGGCCAUGGCAACGGCACCAGAAUUCGAGAUGCGCUUUGCACCACCUGCCUCAGAGGGCGUGCCACUUCCCGAGGAGACUGUGCCCUAUUUGCCACCGCCUAUGGACAUGAAGCCCUACCUGCGUGAAGAUUACCGUCCCAAGAGUCCGUUUGUGAGUGCCCUGACCACAGCACCUGAGCGUCCCUUCGAGGGUCACUUCGAUCGGGACGUGCCCAUCCAUUUGAUAGACCUGCCCACUCCCAAGGAGCAUCUGAGCAUGUGCGAUGCCCUCUGCACGGCCCCCGAUCGCGGCUAUACCCCCUUGAAUCCCGAGAAUGCCACGCAACGCAUUGAUGAGGAGCAAAAGCAACAGGAAUUGAAAAAGUAUGAAUUUCAGGUGCUGGACCAUGAGGAAGAGCUGGGCCUAAAGCCGCAACCACCGGAAUCUGUGGAAUACUUCACAACGGAUUCACAGCAGCGGCGCAAGUCGUCGGCCUUUGCGGCAAUGCAAGCAUUCCAGCCGUCUCGUGAGCCGCUUUCCUCCUCCUCCACCUCGAACACAGUCACAAAUACGCCACGUGCCUCCAUUGCAUCCCUGUCCAAAGAUCAGGGCGAUCUUGAGUACCAGAAGUACUGCAAGGCGCAGCAACGCAAUCAGAAGCGACUCGACUUCUAUCACAAAAAGGAAGAGGAGCUGCAGACACAACAACAACAGCAACAACAGCAACAACAAUACACUGAAACUAACUCGCUUAACUCGAACUCGCUUGUUACCGCUUCCAAUGCGACUUCUUCCUCUAACUCCUCUUCCACAGUCCAACAGUCCACCAACAGCACGAACAUCAACAGCUCAGCUAAUGUUGCCCAGUCCCAGGUCCAGAUGCAGAGCAGCCGCUCCUCCUUUUCAGUCUCGAAUGUCGCCUCCAACUUGAGAGCUGUAAAUACUGCUUCAACUUCCGUUGCCGCAUCCAAAAUUGAUGCCCACGAGCUGAUCGAGGAAACCGCCGAGGAACUCGAACACUCUGAGGUCCUAUUCCCACCUCCUUCCCCGCUCAGCCAUCUCAAGGGCAAAGCCGUACAGUCCGGCCUCCACAAGGCCGAUGCCAUACCAAAGUAUCAGCGCAAUUGGACAGUGCUGCCCACCCAGAGUCCCAUUCGCACUCCGGAACCACAAGAGCUGCGCGACAAUGUUCCACUUGCCUUCGUGGAUGCUCCCAAGGCCGACACUGUACAUAGACCCAUUGCAAAGGUUUCCGCUUCCGUUUGCGGGGGUAACGGGACAGCGUCUGCACCUACGGCUGCCCGAGGCUCGAUCGCAUCCGUGGGGCAUGGGAAGCCAGAGGUGCAGCCGUCGGUGCCGAUCAUUAUUGAGGAUCGUUCGGGUCCAGUAACGAUGGCUUUUCAAUCACUAGAUGAGUUCGAGCGACCAGAUCAAUCACAGACGCCCACGCGUCCCUACACGCCAUCCCUCACAUCGAUGAUCAACAAGCCGGCUCCAAUUAUACCCUUCUAUCAGACACCCGAGAAGCUCUGCUUCGAAGAGUGCUCGGCCACGCAUGCCCGUGCCUAUGAUCAAGGAGCUGCCUCCCCAUUUCCAGAUCGUGCUCGCUCCCCGGCCCCAGGACCGCCGCCAAAUCCCCUGGCCACUAUUCGGGCACCUCGCAUGAAGGAGCCGGAGUCAAAUCUGCUGCCAGUUGCUGGAACACGCGUGCAGGCGGGCUCCAUCACCACUGGCCAGAGCUAUCAGGGUCAAUUGUUGGCGCACUCAGAGCUUAGCUCGCAGUCGGGCAGCCAGAGUUACACGCAGCAGCCGGAGACGGUGACGGAGCGUCAAAUUGGAAACCUCAGCGUGCAGCAACGGGAGCAAUCAUCGCUGUUGCAGCAGCAGAAACAGGCGCAGCUGGAGAGCCAGACCAAGACACAGAUUGGCAACAUGCAGAUCGAACGCAGGCGCAAGGUGACUGAGGAGUUCGAGCGUACUCAGAGUGCCAAGACCAUAGAGAUACGCACAGGCUCCAAGACUCAAUCACAGAUACAAUCGCAAUCGCAAUCGCAAUCGUUAUCGCAGUCACAGCAGUCACAGGGACAAUCGGAAUCCACGGAGCGACGUCAGUCUUAUGGACGCACAGGCUUUGUGGCCAAUCAGGCUCGCCGUUUGUCCGGGUUGGAGCAGGAGAUUAGCAGCUUGACAAGUCAGUCUCAGGCCAUUAGCGCCAGAGCUUCUACUUUGGGAGAAGGCAACUUCCCUCAACUUCGAUCGCCGACCUUUGACAGCAAGUUUCCGUUGAAUCUGUCGGCAGCUGAAGCGGUUACUCCCACGUAUGGAGCAGCUUCCACAACGAAUAAGCUGCUAGGACCACCACCAGGAUUCCUCCAGCAGCAACAAAAGUCCGCCUUCUCUUUGGGCAACAAGUCGACAACUGCGGCGGUCGCCUACACAAGUGCCGCAAGCUCAUCGCUAAAAUCAGCAACAUCUGCAAUUGCAUCAUCAUCGUUAUCAUCAUCAACAUCAGCAUCAGCAUCAAGGUCGGCGCAAGCCACUCUAACCAAAGCUUCUGCUAUUAAUACCACGACUAAUAAUCAAGCCUGUGCGCAAUUCAGGAGCACAGGACCUGGCAAUGGCUAUAAUACAGCUACAGCAGCAGCUGCAGCUACGCUGGCUAACUUGGCUAACACCAAUAUUGCUUCCAUCGCAGCUCCAUCAAAGCCAAAGGCAACAGCCGCUGGCACGCCCACUACGCCUGCUCCAGCUGUAUUUCCGCCAAGUCUAAGCGAUCUAAACUCAAGUGUUGAUGAUUCCACAGGUCCUGGAGGCAAGAGCGGCGCCUUUGGUGCCACAUCGGCUCCGAAGCGUGGACGCGGCAUUCUCAACAAGGCUGCCGGACCCGGCGUACGCAUCCCAUUGUGCAACAGUUGCAACGUGCAGAUCAGAGGACCGUUCAUCACGGCUCUGGGUCGCAUCUGGUGCCCGGAUCACUUCAUUUGCGUGAACGGCAACUGUCGCCGCCCAUUGCAGGACAUCGGCUUCGUUGAGGAAAAAGGCGAUCUCUACUGCGAGUAUUGCUUCGAAAAAUAUCUGGCGCCCACGUGCAGCAAGUGCGCUGGCAAGAUCAAGGGUGAUUGCCUGAAUGCCAUUGGCAAGCACUUCCAUCCCGAGUGCUUCACUUGUGGCCAGUGUGGCAAGGUCUUUGGCAACACGCCCUUCUUCCUAGAGGACGGCAAUGCGUAUUGCGAGGCUGAUUGGAAUGAGCUCUUCACCACAAAGUGCUACGCUUGUGGCUUCCCCGUGGAGGCCGGCGAUAGAUGGGUCGAGGCACUUAACCACAACUAUCAUAGCCAAUGCUUCAACUGCACUUUCUGCAAACAAAACCUGGAGGGUCAGAGCUUCUAUAACAAGGGCGGUCGUCCCUUCUGCAAGAACCAUGCGCGCUAAGGGCACCACAGAUCAGAAUAGAUCUAAUAUGGCUCGACCAUGAACUUCAGGGAUUACGCACACUAACAACAGCAAUUCAAAUCAGCAAUCAAUAUAGAGACAGCGAUUAACAGUUCUUAAGCGAGCAACUUUAACUAACGAAAUCGCAUAGCUAAUUACAUACUUAUUGCAAUUAUCAAUUAAUAGAACUUCCUUUUUGUUUAUUUUAUAUAUUUUUAUUUAAUUUUGAAUUGUGCACACAAAUGUUAUCCUAAUUUUAAAUGAAUGAGUGGAACACAAAACACAAACAAAAGAAAACAGCAAACUACAAAACGACACGAAAUCGAUGAAGCUACAAUAGCAAAAACAGAGAAUACGGAACACAGAACGACAUAAUUAAUUGUGUCUGUCAAUCUACUUACGAUUAUAUUAUUUAUUCAUCAUAUCAUUUAACCGAGUUAUAUACAAGCAACACACACACACUCACUACACCUAUUACUUAUUACUACUUAUUAUUAUUAUAUGUAUUUUCACAAAAGUUAUUUAGUUGAAGUGUAAAACCGAUGCUGUUGACAAACCAACUAACAAACCGCGCGAAAGGAUUUCAAAUCGCCUAAAUAAUCCAACAUUAACCGAAUCCGAAUCCGUAUCCGCAUUCGCAUCCGCACCUAAUCGGAACGUAGUCAUUGCUAAGGGAAUCUGGUUGUCAGCAGUAAAAAUGUAUGAAAUGCUUUAUCAAACUAUUAAAUUCACUAAAAAUCAAUUCGUUGCGAUCAUAAAUUGUUAAGCUACAAAUUUAAUUUAAAUGAUACUUUAAAUUUUAUGUUGUAAACCUUAUCGAGAGACAUCUGUAAUUGAUUGUACUUUGCACCAAAUGAACAGAUCAAUAAAUUUCGAAAUCUUUUUCGCGUUU